AUGAGUUUAAUGAAGACAAAGAUAUUAAGUGCUGAAAAUAGAUUAGAACCAAAUAAAAAUAAAACAAUAAUCAUGAGCGGUAGGCAACGAAGCGAUGUGUGGAGCUAUUUUUCACAAAAAGAAAACGUAAAAGCAGUUUGUAAUAUCUGCAAAGCUGAAAUUUCGUUUAAGAGUACAAUAACUAAUUUAAAAAGCCACCUGAAAAGGAAGCACGUAGGCGUUUAUACAGAACUUGUUUCCAAAAAUUGUGCAAAUGAUAAUUCGCAGAAUAGCAGCGGAUCAGUAAUACCUCUUGAGUCUGGAACAGCCACCAUUAACACCGAAAGCGCAGAAACGAUUCCUCAGCCAAAUGUAUCCGUACCUGUAAUACCUUCAGCAUCCAGCGGCCAAAAUCGAGUAAAACGGCAACGAACAAUUGGCUCCUACAUUGCUAAAGAAAUAACUUCACACCAAAAGAAUCUAAUUGAUCGGGAUCUUCUCGAUUUAUUUGUGAAGGAAUUUCAUCCAUUCAGUAUUGUUGAAGAACCUUCCUUUCGGAAGGUAAUCAAAUGGAUUCCCGGAUACGAACUUCCUUCAAGGAAGACAAUUUCAACAACAAUGAUACCUGCCCUGUAUCAAAGUUGUGUUGAAAAUGUUCGAGAUUUGGUGUCACGCGAGGCAAUAUCUGUUUGCUUGACGACAGACUGCUGGACAUCUGCCAACAAUGAGAAUUAUAUGGCAACAACCGCUCAUUUCAUAACUGAAGGGUUUACUUUUAAGACUGUAUUAUUGAAAUGCUCUUAUUUAAGUGGGAGUCAUACGGCCGUUCAUCUCGCGGAGGAGAUAAAAAAUAUAAUAUUGGAAUGGAAUUUAGAGGGAAAGGUAAAUUAUGCUAUUUCGGAUAAUGCAACAAAUAUUACAAAAGCGUUAGCUGAUAUAUUGAGUUUGAAGCAUUAUGGCUGCUAUGCCCAUAGCCUUAAUUUAAUUGUUCAACGAGCUCUUAAGGAACUGGAGCCAACACUAGAAAAAAUUAAAAAAAUCGUAACGUUUUUUAAAAGAAGUUCGUUGAACAAUGAGAAACUCUUGAAGUUUCAAAUAAAUUCAGGUGUUUCUCAACCAAAACGUUUGAUUCAGGAUGUGAGUACGAGGUGGAAUUCUACCUUUUAUAUGCUACGUCGGUUCAUAGAGCUAGAGGAGGCAAUACGAGCGACUAUAGCUUUAGUUGACAGGAAUUUGCCCGUUCUCACAGGAGAGGAAUGGAAGACCUGCAAGGAAGUGUGCAACAUAUUGAGCCCAUUCGAAGAAAUGACCAAUUCGAUGAGUGGCGAAAAAUACAUGACAGGAAGCGCCGCGAUUGUGGUCACCCGGUGUCUUAAAGGUGUUUGCGAACGGUUUGCCCGAAAUUCUACCUUCUCUGCAGCGACAGAAAAAGUUGUCAGCUCAUUACGUCAGGGAUUGACUGAUCGAUUUGGAAAUAUAGAAAAAAUUAUCCCGCUGGCGAUUUGCACCCUUCUAGAUCCCAGAUAUAAGCAUCAUGUUUUUCAAGAUGAUUCUGCACUUUCCGCGGUUAAAACUUUUUUGGAGAACUUAACAAUAGAAAUGAUCGAAAAAAAAACACAAGUGAACAACAUAGUGGCGGAUCAUGAAAUUAUGGGCGAUAAGCAACCACAAGCAUCUCCAAUAUCACGAGCGAAAAAAGAGAUCGAGAGUUAUUUUCAAGAUGACGUUCUCCCACGUCGGGAUGACGACGGAAAUAGCAGUAAUGUUUUAAAUUGCUGGAAAACAUUCCGGCAUAUUUACCCCAAUUUAGUCAAAAUAUUUCGUAUUAACUGCAAUAUCGUCGCAACCUCCGUUCCUUGUGAACGUAUAUUUUCAAAAGCUGGUAACCUUAUUAGUGAAAAACGUACCAGGCUAUCAUCUGAGAAAGUUGAGUUAAUUUUGUUUUUGAAUGCAAAUUUGGAGUCCUCAGAUCAAUGAAUUUAAUUGUUUGAGCAGCAGAGAGGAGCACCUUUCAUUUAUUAUGUUUGUUUUUUUUUUCUUUAUUUUUAUUUAUGUUGAUUGAAUUAAGAGUAUUGCUUGUUGAACUGAAUUUCGGUUAAAUAUUAAUUUAUUUAUAAAAGGUAUAAUGCUUUAUUUUUUUGCUGAUGUAUUUCCUUAUUUUCUCUUCUUUUAUAAGCUAAAUAUGGACAUCCAUCCAACAAAGAUUGAUGAAAAAUCAAUUUUUUUAUUUAUUAAUGUAUCACUAUCACCUAUAACAGGAGGUAUAUCUAUUGUACAAAUUAUUCCUUUUUUCUGGUGCUGUAAGAAUGCCUGGAUUCACCAUAUAAGACAGUUGCUAAAAAAAAUCGAAAAUAUAGUUGAAUAAUGCUUAAUAAAUAAGCCUUCUC